AUGCCCGGCAAGCCGUGCGCUCUCACGAUCUUGCUCUUAGCGGCGUCCGCCCUCGCCGCCGCCGCGGCGGCGGCGGCGGAGUCGGCCAACAUCGCCGUCUACUGGGGUCAGAACGCCACCGAGGGCACGCUCAGGGACACAUGCGGCACGGGACUCUACGCCUACGUCAACCUCGCGUUCCUCUCCAUCUUCGGCGCCGGCCGUGCUCCGGUCCUCAACCUCGCCGGCCACUGCGAUCCCCCGUCGGGGACUUGCGCGACCCUCGCCGCCGACGUCGCGUCCUGCCAAUCCGCCGGCGUCAAGGUGCUGCUCAGCGUGGGCGGCGGCGCGCUCGGGUACAACCUCUCCUCGCCCUCCGACGCGCAGGACGUGGCCACCUACCUGUGGGACAACUUCCUCGGUGGCACCGGCACCGGCGCCGGUGCCGCGCCACGCCCGCUCGGCGACGCGGUGCUGGACGGCAUCGACUUCGACAUAGAGGCCCCGUCCAAGUACUACGACGACCUCGCCAGGAGCCUCACGUCGCUGUACAAGGGCGACACGGGCGGCAGGAAGUACACGCUCACCGCGGCGCCGCAGUGCCCGUUCCCCGACGCGUCCCUCGCGGCCGCGCUCGGCACGGGGCUGUUCGACCGCGUGUGGGUGCAGUUCUACAACAACCCGCCGUGCCAGUUCGCGCGCGGGGACGCGGGCGCGCUGCAGAGCGCGUGGCGGCAGUGGACGGCGGCUCUGCCGUCGGCGGCCGUGUACCUCGGCCUGCCGGCGUCGCCGGAUGCUGCCGGCAGCGGGUUCGUCGACGCGGACACGCUCGUGUCGCAGGUGCUGCCGCUGGUGGAGGGCGCGCCCAAUUACGGCGGGGUCAUGCUGUGGAGCCGCUCCUACGACAAGGUCUCUGGCUUUAGCGUGAAGCUGCAGAGCAACUUGCAAAACCGGAACGAAAACACAGGGAACGGCGCAUCGUCAUCAGAUUACAAAAGGAGAAUCUAUACAAUAGUAGGAGUCGUCGGUGGCAUCUUCCUGCUGCUCCUUCUUCUUACCACUUGUUUCAUCUGCCAUAAGAAAUACCGUGGCUCGUCGCCUCCAGUGGAGGGAUCGACCACCCCUCCAAACAAAGAGCCAUCUGAGCCAAAACUGGGAGCUCAUCAUCCAAAAAGAUACACUUACUCUGAAGUGGAAAGGAUGACAAAGACCUUUGCUCACAGGCUAGGCCAAGGCAGCCAUGGCGAUGUCUACAGAGGCAACCUCCGCGACGCGCGGCAGAUCACGGUGAAGGUGCUCAAGAACUGCAAAGGCGGCGACAAGGAAUUCAUGAAAGAGGUCGCGGGCAUCGGCGCAAUAUCUCACGCCAACGUCGCCCCUCUGCUAGGGUUUUGCUUGCAGGGGCCAACGAGGGCUCUGAUAAACGAGUACAUGCCCAAUGGCUCCCUUGAGAGCUAUGCUCUCAGCAGCGACGACUCCGUGGAGGAGAACUACUCGUUGUGGCUGUACUGGGAGAAGCUGUUCGACAUCGCCAUCGGCGUGGCGCGAGGCCUCGACUAUCUCCACGGCGACGACGACGGUGCUAACGGCAUGCACGUCGGCAUCAAACCCCGGAACAUUCUGCUGGAUCAGGAGCUAUGCCCGAAGAUAUCCGAUGUUGGUGUGGCAAACCUGUGCGAGCCGUCUGCCCGCGGUGCGAGGGAGAGGGACGGCUACGACGCGCCUGAGGUGGUGUCCAGGAGAUUCGGGCCGGUCACUGGCAAGUCCGAUGUGUACAGCUACGGCGUGAUGGUGCUGGAGAUGGUCAGGGCAAAGAGGCACGUCAAGGUUGGCGCUGACACCACCGGCAAGUAUUUCGCCCAGUGGCUCUACGAGCAUUUGGACGAGUUCUGUGACAGUGUUUCGGACGUCAAUGGCGGCACCAGAGAGCUUGUGAGGAAGAUGAUCAUAGUCGGGCUGUGGUGCUCGCAGACGGCGCCUGCGAGCCGGCCGUCGAUGAGCGGCGUCGUCGAGAUGCUGGAGGGUAGCAGCGCGGACCUGGAAUUGCCGAGAAGAAUCCCAUGAAGGGUGAAAGACAUGGUUGUAAACAAUGUUCAUGGAAAU